AUGGCCUCUGCUGCAGUUCAACUCCCGCCUAGUCACGAACCAUCGCCACUUACACAGAAGACGUCUGCCCCUACCUCCUCGGAAAAGCCCCGCCACGUUCAAACCAAACUGUAUUUUCUGAAGGAGCUUGAAGAUGGCUCCCAUCUCACUCCAAACUAUGUCACACGGCCUGAGACCUACGAACGGCCCUCCGUUGAGCUCGCUGUGACCGUUCACGACGUGAGCGGCCAUGAACUGGACUACACACUGGAUAAAAAUGGCUUCCAGUACUACUACCACGAGAGCCGUGAGAAGGACUUCCUUGACGAUGAGAAGAUCGCAAGAGAAUACUACCCAGAGACUGAGCAGCUGUUGAAAGACGCAACCGGUGCUUCCCGUGUCUUCAUCUUCGACCAUACCAUUCGCCGUGCACCCAAAGAUGUGAGGGCUCAGUCCACGCCCCAACGGGGACCCGUGCAGCGUGUACACAUCGACCAGUCCUACGAAGCGGCGAAAAACCGUGUCUCGUACCAUCUUCCCGAGGAAGCUCCCGAGCUCCUCAAAGGACGCUAUCAGAUCAUCAAUGUUUGGCGGCCUAUCAAGCCGAUCCUCAAAGAUCCAUUGACCGUCGGGGAUGCUCAUACGCUUCCGGAUAGUGACCUCGUGGGUAUCAAACUUAUCUACCCAAACCGUGAAGGUGAAACAUACGCGGUUAAGCCCAACCCUGAUGUUAAAUGGUACUAUCGCUACGGCCAGACCCCUGAUUUGGUCACCUUGAUCAAGUGCUUUGACUCCAAGACGGAUGGUCGGGCCCGUAGAGUUCCUCACUCUGCGUUUGUUAACCCAGAGACUGUGAACGAGGAGCCGCGAGAGAGUAUUGAAGUGAGGGCUUUGGUCUUUCAUCCGGAUGAUCAGGAGUAA